GAUUAUCGCAUGUUUUAAAUAUAUACAAAACAAUUUUUUUGAUAAGUUACAUAACAAAAACAUGGAAAUCUAAAACCCCCUCCCCCUCCCUGGCUAAAACUUCUCUUCGAUACAGAACAGAACAGGGAAUACGUACUUAACAUGGAUCCGAAAGAAAAAGAAGACCUAGAAAGUUUAGUUAAGGCUAGAGAGUUGCUCUCGAAGCUUCAACAGCACAUUGAGAAAGGCACUUCUGGAUCAUCAGCUGAUUUUCAAAACCUCUCUAAAGAAAUCCAACUUCAUCUCAUGAAGACUGCCGCCACCGCCCAGGUUCCGAAUAAUUCAGACCCGAAUAAAGCGACGUCGCAUAUAAAAGAUGAGCUUGACAAGGUGUUUAUUGUUGAGGAAGUUGGACACAAGUGCGACUUAUGCGGGAUAGACAUAGCCUCGGAUCCAGAACGGCCUAAUGCAUCUUUGCGCAGCUUACAAGAGGCGUGCGUGCUUGAUUGUGGUCAUGUCUACCACUUCAAGUGUUUAAAAGGCUCCACUCUUGAUCUUGACAACCGUUCUACUAACCCUUCCUGCAUUUUCUGCACCAGCUACUCCUAACUGAAUGUGGUUCAACUUUUAAGAUUUUAAUAUUUUUUUUUGUUCUUAUAUCGUAAGAACGUGUUCUCAAACAAUGACAAUGGUUUUUACAUACAAACUGAUUAUGUUCUCAAUAAUCAGUUUCUUUUUUACA